AUGUCCGAUACUCGCCAGAUAGCGCUCCAAAAGGAGCUCAAGCAACUCCAGGCCAUCAACACAGCUAUAAACAGUCUCACUUCCACGAUUCAGCUCACGAAAACGAAUAUUGCUAAAACUAACGAGACCACAAAGAACAGUGAUAAGCUAUUAGAUAAAUGGAUUAAGAUAUUAUCGCAGACACACUUCACGCAAGAAAUCAUACUGAAAACACAUUGGACGGGCUCCUCUGGUGUCAGUGACGAGGAAUUGGAUAAAAAGAUUGAAGAGGAAAAGGAAUUGUUGAAGAACUUGGAGGAAUUGGAGAAUGAAAACCAGCUUCUCGAGGAGAGGAUCAAAGAGAAGGAGAGUAAAGAGAACCAAGACUUCCAGAGGAAGCAGGAGCUUUUGAGUCGAAGAGAGCGGGAAUUGGGCUUGAGGGGAAUACCUAGAAGUGGUUCAGGAAGAGAUAGGAGAAGAUAG